CUUGUUAAUGUCCAUGAACAGUAAAUAAUCAAGGUAACUUUCUUCGGCAUGUAUGAAUCGACUAGAAAUCGAAGUACUCACUUUCUAAGCUCCAUCCCUUUCAACAAGUGUCUGUUCAAAACCCUAGCUUAGCUGUAGAACUUGGUGAAGGACAUAAUAAUAAACACAGCAAUUCUGCCGCUGAGCUGGAUCAAUUUAGCAUUUUGUUAUUGAUAGAAAAAGACCGUAUCUUUUGGUCAAGAUUGAGCUCAGUAUGGCUGGUCAAAGGAGUAGCUAUGGUAAACGUUCUAAUUCUCAGACACAAUCUGAGUAUGCAGAAAAUAAAAGGAGAAACUCAUUUGGGAGUGAUAAUAAAGAACGUACGUCCAUUGAUUCUGAGGACACAGUAUAUCGCUACCUCUGCCCUUUAAAGAAGAUAGGAAGCAUCAUGGGAAGAGGGGGUGAUAUAAUUAAGCAAUUAAGGGCAGAAACUAAGUCCAAAAUAAGAAUUGGCGAGACUGUGCCUGGCUGUGAUGAACGUGUUGUUACUAUCUACAGCUCCAGCGAGGAAACUAAUGAGCUUGAUGGAGGUGGUGAGGGCCUUGUUUGUCCUGCCCAUGAUGCACUUCUCAAGGUUCAUGAUCGAGUGUCAUAUGAGGAGACUGGAGUUGAUGAUCACUACUCUGAGGAAGAGGGUCCCCAAGUGACUGCUAAGCUACUCGUACCGUCUGAUCAGAUAGGAUGUAUUAUCGGGAAAGGUGGACAGAUUGUUCAAAGUAUUCGUAGUGAAACGGGUGCUCAGAUUCGCAUUUUGAAGGAUAAACAUCUUCCCGCGUGUGCCCUUGACUCAGACGAACUACUGCAGAUAUCUGGAGAAAUGCAUGUGGUGAGCAAAGCUCUAUAUCAAGUCGCGAGUCGGCUUCACAAGAAUCCAUCUCGAUCUCAACACUUGCUUGCUUCAUCUGCUUACCCACCUGGUGGUAGUUCACUGAUGGGCCCCAGUCCAGGUGCUCAAAUAGUGGGACUGGCACCACUAGCGGGCCCUUAUGGCAGUUACAAAGAUGAAGGUGGAGAAUGGCCGCCAAGGUCUGUAUAUGCAGCUCCUAGACAUGACUCGUCUCCAAAGGAGUUUAUUCUACGUCUGGUAUGCCCAAAUGCAAAUGUUGGAGGUGUAAUCGGAAAAGGUGGGGCAACGAUCAACCACAUAAGGCAAGAGUCUAGGGCAUCUAUUAAAGUGGAUAGCUCAAUUGAUGAAGGAGAUGAUUGCCUGAUAGUUAUUUCAUCAAAAGAAAUUUUUGAUGACACAUACUCUCCAACAAUAGAAGCUGCAUUGCUCUUGCAACCCAGGUGCAGUGAAAAAGUGGAAAGAGAUUCAGGCCUUUCUGUAUAUACCAUACGCUUGCUUGUACCAAGCUCUUGUAUAGGCUGUCUUAUUGGGAAAGGUGGGUCCAUAAUUAAUGAGCUUAGGAGAAUCACCAAAGCUAAUAUUCGGGUCCUUUCGCGUGAAAGCCUUCCCAACAUUGCUGCUGAAGAUGAUGAGAUGGUCUUGAUUUCUGGAGAGCUUGAUGUAUCCAAGGAUGCACUUGUUCAAGUAACAUCACGCUUGAGGGCCAACCUUUUUGAAAGGGAGGGUGGUGUGUCUGCUGCUUUUGUGCCUCUUCCUUCAUAUCUUCCAAUGCCAAUAGAUCCCCCCGAUAGCUUUACAAAGUAUGAAAGCAGAGAUUCUAGAAGGCAUGGACAUGGUCAUUCCUCUUAUUCUUCUGGUUAUGGUAGUGCGCGUGACAUGCCUCCCACUGAUGGCUAUGGACGUUAUUCUACUUUUCAGAGUACAAGCAGUCCUGGAUAUGGAGCAUAUGAAGGAUAUUCUGUUGGUCGUUCUGGGACACCUGAGCCAAACACUGCUUCACAUAGAAAAAGUUAUGGCUACUAAAAUUUUCUGAGUGGAGCUGCACGAGCUGAAAUUAAGAAAACAGCUGAUAUACCUGAAAGCUCGAGAAGCCAGCCCUGCCCACCACUGCCUUGUUUGAAAGCCUCCUCUCUAUCUAAACCAGAAGACCUGAUGAAUGAGGGGAACACUCAUGUUGCUUACCUUCUAUAUAUCUGAAGGCCAAAUAUCUCAUGUUCUUUAUCUAUACUAAUUUAAAAACCAUAUCCAUGUUUCUAAGCUUUGAUCUGACGUGCUCUCAUGAACCUUGUAUACCCAGCAAGCCUCUGACCACUCUUUCCUUAUUUGGUGAUUUUAUUAGAUGUAUUCAUGCUCCAACUUUUCAUUUAGAUUAGACUCUAAGCAUUUUUUCAUGUAUUGUGCUAGAACUCCCCCAAUGUUUCUGGUAUUAUCAAUCAUUAUGAUUACUAUUAUUGUUAUCAAUAUUGUUGUUGUUGUUAUUAUUAUUAUUAUUAUUAUUAUUAUUAUUAUUCUACUAUUGUUAUUAUUAUUUGUGUUAAAGACAUCUUAGUGUUUAUUAUAGCACAAGAUGUGGUGUACUGCUAAUGUGGGAAGGGGUGAAUAUGCAGCUUAUGAGAUAUUGACAAGAUCUGUUGCAUGCUUAGAUUUGUUAACGACUGGGUCUUCUGGUGGCCAUCCGGGGGUUUAUACUAAUGAACUCAGAAAAAUUUUCUUCACUGGUUUCAUCAUCACCAGAAGGAGGUAAGCUUAUAUAGCUGCAGCGGCUCUGCAAAUACCAGUAUAUUCUCACUUUGCUCAUUUUCAAAGAUGGGGUAAACCAAUUAAACCAAUUCCAAUAUGUUAUUACCUGUACAAACUGAAGAUAUUUAGGAAGACUUAUUGGCAAUUGUUGAAAAUAUAGGAAAUGUAAUUUUGAGGUUAAAUUGUACAUCAUUUGUUUUGGCGGCUGGUUCAUGAACGAUUAAGCAACAAACUUUGGCCCUGAGCUGGACUACUUAGGCUAGUUAUGUAGUGUACAUUAGGCUUGGUUCAGGAAGCAAUGAAGUCUUCUUCUGUGGCAACCCAGUGAUAUGAAGCAGCGAUUUUCACGUAUCCGCUUCUCACUUGAACAGUUCAACAAGCUUACCGUCUUAAUUAUACAAUUUUUUUAAGAGUUUUUGACACUUUCAGACUUUCAGUUUGAUGUUAGUGAUACUUUAGAUACUCGAUCCAUUUUUAGUCCUCAAGUAUUGUGUGGGACUUUUAAUUCUCG